AUGCCGAGAGCACCACCCGAUGAGGAUGGUAUCCCUGUUCGUCACAGGUUCCCUCCUAAUAUUCGGAUCAUGAACACCGCGCCCCUGUUUCAUCCAUCGCUACUAGAGCGAUUUCGGGACGUCGACUUUAUCGUUACUGGUGGAGGUCCGGUCCCUGAAGCUGCUGGCAUAAAGGUUGCGGAGAUAACUAGUCUGAGAAACCUGAUCGGCUCAACGGAGAGCCAAAUCCUAUUGUCAUACGACAUCUCCACCCCGAAGGACUGGAAGUACUUCCGAUGGCACCCACAAGCUGGCAUCGAUAUGCGCGAAGUUGCGCCGGGCCUCUACGAGCUAUGGAUUGUCAAGCAGCCAGACUCGCCGUAUCAGGCAAUCUUUCACGCCUUCCCGGAGCUGACAGAGUAUAACAUGCGUGACUUGUACACCAGACAUCCAGAUCCGAAUAAGGCGGAUUAUUGGAGUCCUAGCGGCAGGUCGGAUGAUAUCAUUGUUCUCGGAAACGGCGAGAAGAUCCAACCGCUUGAUAUGGAGAGCAUCAUCAAUAGCCACACAGGGGUGACGGGGUCGUUGAUUAUUGGAUCUGGAAAAUUCCAAGCAGCAGCGUUCAUCGAGCUCAAAGUCCCACUACCAGAAGGGACCGAGGACCGUGCCAAGUUCGAGGAUAGCGUUUGGGAAACGGUGCAGAAAGCCAAUGCCAUCGCACCAUCACACGCCCAGAUUCACCGAAACCACAUCAUGUUCGCUCCUUUAGGUAAAUCCUUCUUACGCGCAGAUAAAGGCACCAUUAAACGACGAGCAACGGUUGAGCUGUUCGCAUACGAGAUUGACCAGUUCUACGACAGCCGAGAAGACGAAUACGCGGAAGAGGUUCUUGCCGGGGUCGACGUUGACUCCUUGGAUUCUAUCAUCCCUGGGGUACUCAAGUUGAUUUCGCGGGUUGCGCAGAUUGACCAUCUCGAGGUGCAGGAUAACAUCUUCGCUGCUGGUCUGGAUUCGCUCAUGGUGUUCCGUGUUCUCGGUGCACUUCGCGGCGUGGCCAGGGGUCGCGGUCCUGGCUAUGAGAAACAGCUGAACGAGUUGCGGCCAUACUUUGUUUAUGCUAACGCUACGGUAGAAAGGCUCGCUGGUGCUUUCUAUGACCUAUUGCAUGGGGUUCGUUUCUUCCAAGCGGAUCUGUCAAGGCCCGAACUCGGCCUCACGAGAGAUGUGUAUGAUGACCUUCUUGAGACUACAACACUGGUUAUCCAUAAUGCAUGGCCCGUUAAUUUUAACUGGGAUAUAGAAUCAUUUGAGCCGCAUAUUGCCGGCGUCCGGAACUUUGUAGAGUUUUCUCACAAGAGUGCAAAGGACGCCCAGAUAUUCUUCAUAUCCUCAAUUGGGUCCACACUACAGUGGAAGUCCAGCGACCCCGUACCUGAGGAGGUCGUCCAAGACCUCUCUGUGGCCAAGGACUCUGGCUACGGAGCAUCGAAACUUGUCUCUGAGCUUGUACUGGAUGCAGCAGCCGCACAGUCUGGAACUAGAGCGUCUAUCUGUCGGAUUGGUCAAGUUGCAGGACCUGUCACGAGGGGUGUCAGGGGUCAGUGGAACAGACAAGAGUGGCUUCCUACCAUAAUUGCUACUUCCAUAUAUCUAGGAAAGGUGCCAUCUAGUCUUGGUGCAUUGGAUCAAGUAGAUUGGAUACCAGUGGAUAUCCUGUCCGACCUCAUUCUCGAGUUGGCUGGCGUUCCACAGGCAUCCGUUCACACGAACGGGAACGGCACGCAGUCAACCGAUAUUCAGAAGAACGCCGAGAAACGGUACAAGGUCUACAACGUGACCAACCCUCAGACGGCGCCAUGGUCCUCGCUCGUACCGGUGGUGAAUAGUCACCUCCACGAAAAUCUUCAAAUUGUUUCAUAUGGAGAAUGGCUAGAUGCUCUCCGCCAAGCUAGUCACGACGUGACCUCUGCCACAGCAAAGAACAACCCCGGUCUGAAGCUGCUCGAGUUCUUCGAGUCACUUCAAGGUGACGCGGGGAGCUUAGCACCGCCGCUGACGAUGAGCGGGACUUUAGCUAGUAGCCCAACUUUGCGUGGCCUUCAAGCAGUGGAUGGCCGAUGGAUGAAGCUUUGGCUGGAACAGUGGGCUUUCUAA